AUGGCUCUUCAUUUCAUGCGUCACGCAGAGGCUCUCCACAAUGUUGAAGAGGGUGAAAACCGAAUCUAUGAACACAAUGACCCGCCACUAUCCGACAGAGGGCGGCAGGAGGCAAGCUUGGUGGGCCUCUCUUUUACACCGGAUCUGGUCCUUGUAUCUCCCAUGAUACGAGCACUUGAUACUGUACUCCUGAUGCUCGAUCAUUCCCGCCCAACGAUAAUUAUCGAUCCGGAACUGCGACCGGCUCAUGACCAUGCCUAUAACCAAGGUUCAUCGAGGAGCAUUCUCGCGUCUAAAUAUACAGACUUUGAUUUCUCUGAGUGCUCACCUAGCGGACGGUAUGAGCCGUGUACAGAAGCUGAGACGUGCCGUCGCGCCAUAAAAGUGCUCGACAGGUUAAGUCAUUAUUUACAAUACUAUUCAAAUAUAGUUGUUGUUACUCAUCGAGGUCUUCUCCGUUACCUCGAUCCAUUCCCUACGAAAGUCUUUCGCAAUUGUGAAAUCCGAUCUUAUACUCCUUCUAUCAGAUAUGAACUUGCCGACUUGGGGAAUAUUGGCGGAGGGACGAAUGAUACAAGAAGCGUAGACCUCGUCGAAUUAUAUGUAGACAAUACGAGAGAUGAUGAUUUACAAGCCAAGAUAUUAAUGGGCUCGAACUCAUUACCUACCCAGAAACCGUCAAGCUACUAA